UCCCUCACGCCUAUUGGCUGAUCCCUCCUGUCAAUCAAACCGCGCCGUUACGAUUGGGCCAAAUCACCUUUUAAAACUUCCUCCCUCCCUCUCUUGCACAGCCCCUCAACGAUUGGUUGGCCGUUGCGCCAAUCGCCUUCUACGAAUCAUCUCAUUGGUCGCCCGUGUUGUCAAUCACAGAAUCCCUUCUUCUCAUUGGCUGCUGCGUUACAAAAGGGCGGGAACUUCCUGGAAAAAGCAUUUCCUUGUCUGUCAUAUGCGAAGCGAAGGGAAGAGCCGCCAUCCGGAGCUCAAAACUCACAACAAACACCUCCCCGACGCGUUUCAUUUGAUCUACACAUUAUAUAAAACCCCCACUGCUGCAGGAGAACGCAAAUGCGAAACACAGCGGCCAUUUUGUGUGUGUUUGUUUAGCCAGCUAGCUGCUAACACGUCGCCGUCGCCUCUGUGGUGAUGACUACGGACCUCCUCUCUGACCUGGACAGCCGUUUCUUCGCUGAUAACCUCCUGACAAGCGAAGACUGGGAUGCCUGCCUGUACCAGUGUGAGAGCAUGGAGGAGGGAGAGGAGGCCGACCUCGGCCGGGGGCUGAAAUACGAACCGUCGUUUGACAAUGACCUCGUGCUCACCCUCGAUCCUGACAACCCCACGUCGCCCUGGCAACACCUUGACGACAACCUUCUCACAGGGGAAACUCCGGUGAUAAAAAGUAAGAUGACCAUCACUCAGCCGUUACCAGUGGAAAUGUUGUUCCAGGUGAAAGCAGAGCCUCCCUCUCCUGCUUCCUCACUUGGGUCUGACUGCUCUUCAAUGUCACCUGACCCACAGAUCACCGUUAAAGGUGAAAACCCUCCGACUCCUCCGUACAUGUACGGAGACGUGCUCUCUCCUCCGCUGGGCUCCAUGGAGAUCACCGUGGCAACGUCAGGCAUACCCUCACGACAGAUGUCCUUAACGACGCAGAUCCCAGCAGUCAUCGGUGGAAUCCAGGCGCAGGCCGCCGUUCUGCCGGGCUCGGCCACAUUGAAGGCCAGCUCCAUCCUGAGCACCAAGCCUCCCAUCCAGCCCCGACCAGUCUGUGUCGCCGCCCUCCCCGUCCCCCAGACCCCCACACCGGCCAAGACCCUCAUCCUGCAGGGCCUCCCCUCCCUGGACCAGAACAGACCUGUCGUCUUGUCUCAGUCUGUCUGUCUCGGUUCGGCUCCGGCCAUCGUCAAAAUGGAGCCCGUCUCUCCCAGCAUCCCCCAGCACUGCUCCAGUCCCACGGCCCCGCCCACCAGCAAACCCAUCGUCCCGGCGACGACGGCGUUACCCGGCAACAACUCCAACGACAUCGAUAUGAAGGUGCUGAAGCGGCAGCAGCGGAUGAUAAAGAACCGGGAGUCGGCCUGCCAGUCGAGGAAGAAGAAGAAGGAGUACCUGCAGAACCUGGAGGCUCAGCUCCGGGAGGCCCAGCAGGAGAACGAACGCCUCCGCCGGGAGAACCAGGCGCUGAGGGAGAGACUGUCCGGGAAAGAGGGAAGCGACUCGGCGAGCAACAAGAGAGCGGUGUGCGUCAUGGCCGUCCUGCUGUUCAUGACCUUCAGCUUCGGACCCGUCAGCAUCUCAGACAGGAAGCUGACGGACCUUCAGGACGGCGUGGUGACGUACACGGGACGACGACUGCUGGAGCUCGAACAACAACAACAACAACAACAACAACGGGCGGCGGCUCAGCCUCCGAGCAGAGUGGAGGACACGACGGAGACGGAGGAGGACGUAGGAGACGAGGCUGCAGAGUCGUAUCAGUUCAGGAACCUGAGUGAUGUGUUCAGUGACAUGAAGGAUCUGGUGCUUCAGGACAUCGACCGUUACUUCAGCUCUUCAGACUGCAGACAGUUCAACCGCUCCGAGUCUCUCAGGCUGGCAGACGAGCUGAGAGGUUGGGUCCACCGACACCAGAUCGACAGGAAGAAGUCUGGAGGGAAACCCAAAGUCGCCAAGAAGGCAAAGAUCGCCCAGAAAGCUCAGCUGAGGAAGACGAACUUCUCCAGAUAUCUGCCGAUCCAGGCUCACCGCUCCAUAGAAAGUCAGCUGCAGGUUCUUCCUGGUCCCGAGGUCACCUACAGCGACUUCCUGGACGCCAUCGACCGCAGAGAGGACACCUUCUACGUCGUCUCCUUCAGACGGGAUCACCUGUUGUUACCGGCCAUCAGCCACAAUAAAACCAGCCGACCCAAAAUGUCUCUGGUGAUGCCGGCCAUGUCUGUGAACGAGAGUCUCUACAACUCCUCUCAGGGCUACGAGAUGAUGAUGCAGGUCGACUGUGAGGUCAUGGACACCCGCAUCGUCCCCAUCAAGUCCUCCGCCGUACCGCCGUCCCUCCGAGACCCGCCCCCGCCUCCCCCUCCUCCCACCACAACCACCAUCACCACGGCAACCACACCUCGCUGCGAGGGCGCCACCACCAGCACCCCCACCACCACCACCCCUCGCCUACGAGGCAACCUUUACCCGCCCGCCGACGGACAGCGGAAUAUUUAAUCAGCCAAUCAGAAGGGGUCUGAGGAGGGUUAAAGGUUACAUGUUUAAAAACAUCAUCAUCCCUCCGACAGGUAACACACACACACACACACAUCUCUGCUCUCUGGAAAAGUUACCUGCAGUUGACUGGAAACCGAAAAGUUGAGAAAAAACUCCAUAAAAACAUCUGCAUAGAAUUAAAAUCAAUAAUUCAAGCUGUCAUUGUUUAAACACAUAAACGGAGCCGAUAGAAACUCAACCCCCCUGUUCAGACAUUAAAUAAAAGCCUCUAUUGAAGAUGAUAUUCUAAUAUAUAAGAAUAUAUUUCUAGAAGUCGGGUAAAGACCCGGCAGCACAACGCACUUAGAAACAAUACUGCGUUUUUAAUAUUUAAUUGUGAAAGUGUACAGUUUGAAUGAAGCGUGGAGGACAGGAAGUGACCUCAUCAGCGAGUCCAGGUGCAGAGUCACACCUUCAAGAACUAAAACUCACCUGUUCUGUUUCAUUCAGAGAGAAAUCUAUUGAUCAGCAAUAAACCCGUUUAGUUAAAGUUGUGACCGUGCAGCUCCAGCUGGACUGAACGAGGUCACUUCCUGUGUUUCCUCGACACUACUGAUGGUCCGGCUCUCAGCGGUGUUUCUGUGGAGUUUACGUUUGUAUAUUUUUGUUGUUGUGACUCUCAGUUCUGUUAUGAGUCGGCUGCUGCAUGAAGCUGGAUCUUAAAGUUAAAGGAAGGAAA